UUCGAAGUCGGUCGUGGUUUCAGUGACUAUUUGGAUGUCGACUCUCGUUGACUGAAUUUCCGCGUUGUUCGAUUUCAUUUUUCAAAAGUGAAUUAUAGUGCGUGCGCAAUGACCAUUAGUCGGGAAUUGCGAGGUGCCGUCCAUCAACGGGGAACAAUCAGUUUGGUGCUCAAAGUUCUAAUUGUCGUGAUAUUGACUUUUUCACGCAGACAGGGCCAUGCCAUUGAGUUGAACAAAAAUCAGGGAAUUAUGAUUCCCAAUCAACCGCACCAAAUCGUCAACGUUAACAACAACAUCACAAUCACUUGUAUAUCUAUCCAAACGGCCGAAAUUAUAUGGACAUUACCCAAGUGGUCGUCAGAAUUUACGCGAAACAACCGUACCACUAUCACUCAUUUUAAGAACGAGAUGAUCUAUGUCUCUUCUACGCUGACGCUGCAAAAUAUCGGGAUUUUUGACACGGGAUCGUACAAGUGUCACCUGAAACCAUUCCCUGACCUUCAAGUACAACAGCACAUCUACGUUUACGAUGGAGAGAAUCUUGUGUUUGGCGCAGGGGUCAACGACAACAACCACGUGAAGCACGGCCAAAGGGCUGAAAUUCCCUGCAAAGUGACCCAUCCGGAUGUUCGUGUCACACUGAAACGCAGCAACCUGAUUAACGUCGAAACUUUAUCCAAGGACGAACUAGAUCAGGAUUUAUUGACUGUUCCAAACGCAAAAUGGGAAUUUGAUAAGCAUACGGGAUUAACGCUGAAUAAGGCCAGAUUAAGCGACUUCGGCAGUUACGAUUGCCAUGGAACACUGGGGAACAUGACCUCGAGUGUAUUUUUCAACAUCAUCGUUACAGGAGAAAUUGAAUUGACAAGGGACGACCACAACAAGGAUGAUGGUCUAGUGCUGGAAGGAAGUAACGUCACGUUAAUCUGCAGGACUUACUUAACUUCUUUGCCACCUAAAUGGGCGUUUUAUAAAACGAAUAGCGAUACCCACCCAAUCUACAUCGAUGAAACUAACCCCCAGCUCGAAGGGAUGACAAUAGUGACGGAAAGAUCUUCUUUUCAAGAGGAAACAGUUAGACCUUGGAUAGGUUAUUCAAAAACUCAACCAAUUUUCAAGAGCUUUUUGAAAUUGAGGAACGUGAGCAAGAAUUCCCCAACAACAUUUCAAUGCAUUGACGGAAGAAUUGAUAAUGCCACUCGGACAUCGGGAGAAGGCGCGCCCAUAUUGUCCUUGAAUGUUUUAGUGCCUCAGACGCCAUUUAUUGUCGACCCAGACACUUCAACAAUUUCGCUGGUCAAGGAUCGCCAAUCGAAUUUGAGUUGCGCAGGAUACGGAUUGCCCCAACCCACAUUUCAGUGGAUCAAAGAUGGCAUCGUUAUUCCUGGGAAUGAUAUUAUAGCGAGUGACAAUUCGUCCGUGUUGAAACUGUAUGGAAGACCUGGCGAAAACGGAACUUACGCCUGCCGAUUGAACAACAGUCGACACGAAACCUUCAAAUAUUUUACGGUCCAAUUCGCUGAAGAGUCUCAGCUGUCGACCGUUAUUAUCAUCGUUUCGGCAAUUGUUGUGAUCGCUGCCAUUGGCCUCAGCAUCAAAUUGUAUCGCGACAAGAUAUUCCUACUGAAUUUGUAUUCUGGAGCGGAAGCUCUACUCAGGGGAAACCCUAACGCAAUCAACGAAGAAUUGAGUUUGGACUACCAGAUUGAAAUAUUGCCGUACGAUAGACGAUGGGAAUUCCCAAGAAAUCGGUUGAAACUCGGUGUACAGCUGGGAGCUGGAUGUUUCGGCCGAGUCGUCAAAGCAGAGGCUGUCGGAGUCAAAGACUCGGAGGAAAACGUUCAAACGGUGGCCGUUAAAAUGAUCAAGUCGGCAACCAACGUCGCUGCUCUCGAGGCUUUGGUCAGUGAAUUAAAAAUUAUGAUUUACUUGGGAGCGCAUUUGAACGUAGUCAAUUUACUGGGGGCCUGCACCAAAAGCAUCAUAAGAGGGAAACUGUUGGUGAUAGUCGAGUAUUGCCGAUUUGGUAAUUUGCAAACGUACUUGAUCAAUCACCGAAAUAAUUUUGUUGACCAAGUCGACGAACUUGGCAAUCUCUUGUCAGAUGCGGAAAUGCAGGAAAAGAACAGUGCAAGCAUUAAAAGAAAAGAAUGUGCAAUCGAUGGAGACAAGUUUAAAGAUCAAGAGAGACCGGAAUCAGUGAGAUACGUCAUACAACGAACCAGAUCGCAAUCGAAUAAUUCGGAUAAUUCCAACCCAACAGCCGAUGACGUAAACUUGACAGACUCGAUGACAGAUGAAUGUGAGCAGCCUGUGUCGUUCGGAGUUUGCCAAGAAGACCCCGAUACCAAAUUCCAUGGACUGACCAUGUCCACAGCGGAUUUAAUCUCUUGGUCAUUCCAAAUUGCCAGGGGAAUGGAUUAUUUAACCAGUAAAAAGGUUCUUCAUGGCGAUUUAGCGGCUCGUAAUGUUCUCCUGGCUGACGACGGGGUGGCCAAAGUUGCCGAUUUCGGUAUGGCCCGUAAAAUGUAUUACGAAGGGAAUUAUAAACAGUCGGGACAGAAAUUGAUGCCGAUCAAGUGGAUGGCCAUUGAAUCCUUGACGGAUCGGAUCUUUUCCACCCAAUCCGACGUCUGGUCUUACGGUGUCCUCCUCUGGGAAAUCUUUACCCUGGGAAAAGUCCCUUACCCAGGAUUGGAAGGUAACCAUCAACUCGUCCGCCAAUUGGAAAAAGGAUACCGGAUGGAGAAACCUGAUUUCGCACCCAAUUACAUGGGCGAAAUCAUGGCCGGCUGCUGGAAAGCGGAUCCGAAAGAGAGGCCAUCCUUCAGCGAAAUGGAGCAAAUAAUCAGCAGCCAAAUGGAGUCGACAGUCAGCGACCACUAUUUAAAUUUAAAUAGUUCGUACGAAAAGCUCAAUCAAUUGAAAGUCAACGCCUCUCCCACCGAACCUUUGGGUCUUGCCAAAGCGCUGGACACCAAAGAGAAAGUUGGAAAAAGGAACUCGUUAAACACGAUACUGUCGCGGAAAAACACCCAAACAAAAACUGAUUCAAAGAGGUUUAGCCUACCAAAUAGCAGUGGACAAGCGGAAUCCAAUCAAGAAUCGAAAAAUGGGCAUGGUAACGUCAACCGAACUGAGAGUUUUAUCAAUCGGAUAACACGCAGAGGAUUUCGUUUUCAUCAAGACUUUGCUGAGAUAUUUGUUUAGUUGACUUUGACCGUCCCAUAGCAUCCCAGGAAAGAAAUGGAAUAGCGAAUCGCUAGGACCCUUCAGACCUGUACUGUAUUAGACCCUCAGGUUUUAUCUGGACAUUACCAAAAGUUGUUUCGGUCCAAGUAAAAGCCCAUUUGUUGCCAAAUCGCUCUGAUUUUAUCGCUAUCUUACAUGUGCUUUCAAACUUAACGUGUGUAUAUCCCAGAGCGACAUUUUACAUAAUAAAACUAAUUUUGCUUUUUAAAAUAUGUAGACGUUAAAAAGUUUCCGGGGCAAUGGCAAAAUUGGCAGGACAAUGAUCUCGAGCCAGUCGAUUGUAGUCCUGCGUCGAAUUCUUGUAAAUCGGCUGGUCUUUGCUCAACUUGUUCCAAAUGUGAACUCCGACCACUUUCUCAGUCAACCAAUCGGAUAGCCCAUCCGUUUCGUUGGCCAUUCGCCGGAUGAACAAUUCAUUCAUCUUGGAAUAAUGAACUGGAUGGAACGACGAUGUCGGCAGAACAUUAAAUCCCCGACAUGUGACGUAAUCCAUCGACGUUAAAUUGCCAACGUUGCACCACUUUUGCAAGACUCGUAAAAUCAU